AUGCGCCAGCCAACACCAGACGCUCCCCGAAUAUCGCCAUACUCAACAUCCUCAGCAUCGUUCCCAACAUCCCCCCGAUUCUCAUACCACAUCGCCGCCUCCUUCAUCGGCAAAGACCGUCCUUACGACCCCUCCACCCAUGUCUUCCACUUCAACCCGUACAACCGAAUCCAACCACCCCGUCACCGGCGGCGCUCCUCCCGCCCAGACUCGGGCCACGAUGCCUUCUUCGUCAGCCGCAUCAACGACUCCGGCUCCGUAGCCUUCGGAAUCGCAGAUGGCGUCGGCGGCUGGGUUGACUCGGGCGUCGACCCGGCCGACUUCUCGCACGGCUUCUGCGACUACAUGGCCGCAUCGGCAUACGAGCACGAUCCGGCGAACAACAGGCCCUUGACAGCGAGGAGACUCAUGCAACAGGGAUACGACGCCGUGUGCAACGACCGCUCACUACAGGCUGGCGGUAGCACGGCCUGCGUCGGAAUAGCAGCCCCAGACGGGACGCUGGACGUGGCCAACCUGGGCGACUCGGGGUUCCUGCAACUUCGUCUCAACGCCGUAAAUGCCUACUCAGAACCACAAACCCACGCAUUCAACACCCCGUUUCAGUUAUCCCUCAUCCCGCCAAGCGUCGCCGCGCGAAUGGCGGCUUUUGGCGGCGCGCAAUUAAGCGAUUUACCCCGCGACGCAGACGUUUCCCAGCACUACGUCCGCCACGGCGACGUGCUCAUGUUUGCCACCGACGGCGUCCUAGAUAACCUCUUUAACCACGACAUUCUCAAAAUUGCCAGCCGCGUCAUGGUCUCCAGCGGCGCCUGGCAAAUGACCCCCUCCGGCGGAGUCCGCGUCGCCGACUCCAUCGAUUCACUUACGAGGCCCUCGAGCCUUGGCCAGGCUAAGCCCAGCGGCAAACCCUCUAGAACCGUUACUCUGCAGAGUCUACUCGCCACAGAAAUAGUUGGCGCCGCGAAGACGGCUAGUGUCAACACCAAGGUCGACGGGCCGUUUGCAAAGGAGGUGCAGAAAUAUUAUCCCCAUGAACAAUGGCGCGGCGGCAAAGUCGAUGACAUUUGUGCUGUGGUGGUUAUUGUCUCAGAGGACAACAGCGGACCUCGCAGCAAGCUCUAA